GCAUGCUGUCAUAGUAGUAGAACGAUGUAUGGUGAUGUGUUCCAUCGAGUAAUUGACGGUCUUUAAUUAUAAACCAAGUAUUUUUACUAGAAUUUAUUUCUUUACUAUUAAAAGAUGUGGUUGCAUAUAAAGAUGUCGGAAAUAUAUAGAUCGAAAAAAUUUAAGGAUUGCUGACAAGCAAAAUAUGAAGAUAAAAAACUAAAUGUUGUUUAAUAAUAUUAUGUAUAUACGUCCGCACAACGAGUUCAAAGGAUACAUUUUUUGAUAUACCAAAUUUAAUUGAGAGAGAUAGAAAGGGAGAGUGAAAGAGAGAAAAAAGAGAUAUGAUUUUUGUUUGAUACAUAAGAAAUAUAAUUAAAAAAAAAUCAUGUUACCCGAAUUAGCAAAGAAGAAGCAUGCUAAAUAUUUCCAAAGAUUAUUACAAAUUAUGCCGAGUAGAUUGGCAGAAUUAGAUUCCAGUAGAUCGGUGAUAGCGUUUUUUGCUAUAUCUGGAUUAGACGUAUUAAAUUCUUUGGAUGAUAUCGGAGAUGAUAUGAAAGCAGAUGUCAUUGACUGGAUUUAUAGACUUCAAAUUUCGGGAGCGGGACCACGCUCUGGCUUUCAAGCAUCUACAACAAUACCAAAAGAGGCCUCUAAGUAUCAAUGCGGUCAUUUAGCAACAACUUAUACAGGAUUAGUUACUCUUGUAAUUCUUGGAGAUAAAUUAGAUAGAGUGGAUAAAAAAUCUGUUAUCGAAGGAGUACGUGCCUGUCAAAACCCUGAUGGAUCCUUUAAAGCUAUUGUAAUGGGUUAUGAAAGCGAUAUGAGAUUUCUUUAUUGUGCUUGUUGCGUUUCUGCAAUUUUGGAUGAUUGGUCAGGUGUAAAUAAAUCAAGUGCCAUCGAUUAUAUUUUAAGGAGCAUUUCAUACGAUGGUGCAAUUGGCCAAGGCCCUGGACUUGAGUCUCAUGGAGGAUCGACCUUUUGCGCAAUAGCAAGUUUAUUUCUUAUGAAUGAACUCCAUAAUGUAUUGACUGUGGAACAUUUAAAUAGAUUAAGGCGCUGGUGCCUAAUGAGACAAGAUGGUGGUUUUCAUGGUAGACCUGGAAAACCAUCCGACACUUGUUAUAGUUUCUGGAUUGGUGCAACAUUACAACUUCUUGAUGUUGGAUCAUUGUCAGAUCCUGAUGAAAAUAAAGCAUUCCUAUUAAAAACGCAAGAUACAUUAGUAGGUGGAUUUGCAAAGUUUGAUAAUUGUACUUCAGAUCCUUUACAUACAUAUCUAGGAUUAUGUGGUUUGAGCCUAUUGGGAGAGCCUGGUCUUAGUUCAAUAAAUGCAGCUCUUAAUAUUUCUGAACGAGCUUAUAGACAUUUACAAAAAAUUCAUGAAACAUGGCGACUACAGUGAUGAUAAUAUAAACGAAAGAACUGUUCGUAAUCAUAUCAAGCGCACAGAUAAAAGUAUAUCGAAUGGUAUAUUUAAAUUUGAAUAUUGAAAUAUAUAGUGUCCGCUGUGUUAUGUACGCUGAAGAAACAUUAUUCUAAAAAUAGUCAAUUACUGUCUAUACUAAUCAGAAACAUUAUACUUUAUUAAUAUUUAAUUUGAAACAAU